UAGCGUCAUUAUGGUCUUUUGGUUCGUACGUUCUAGAAAAGAUGGCUGCUGUUGAUAUCGACGUGCUGGUAGAACCAGAGCUCUUGAUCCGCAGUCAGGCUGAUAUGGAACGUCAAGCUGAAGGCUUCAAGGAGCAGGGAAACGCAUUCUACAGCAAGAAAGAUUACUCUGAAGCGUUCAACUAUUACACCAAGGCCAUUGAUGUAUGCCCCAAAAAUGCCAGUUAUUAUGGGAACAGGGCGGCCACCCUCAUGAUGCUUUGUCGCUUUCGUGAAGCCCUUGAAGACUCCCAGCAGUCUGUGCGUCUGGACGACUGUUUCAUGAAGGGGCAUCUACGUGAGGGCAAGUGCCACUUGUCUUUGGGGAACGGCAUGGCGGCCAGUCGCUGCUUUCAGAAGGUCCUGGAGCUGGAUCUCAGCAACAGAGAGGCCCAGCAGGAAAAAAAGAACGCAUCAGUGCUGCUGGAGUACGAGCAAAUGGCAGAUUUCGCCUUCGAUAAACGGGAUUUUCGAAAGGUGGUGUUCUGUAUGGAUCGAGCUUUAGCUUUGGCCCCUGCCUGUCAACGAUUCAAAAUCCUGAAGGCGGAGUGUCUYGCUCUGCUUGGACGGUACCCAGAGGCUCAGUCUGUGGCGAGUGACAUCCUGCGGAUGGACUCCACUAACGCAGAUGCUCUUUACGUUCGAGGCCUUUGUCUUUACUAUGAGGACUGCAUUGAGAAAGCAGUGCAGUUCUUCGUCCAGGCUCUGAAAAUGGCUCCUGACCACGAAAAAGCCCGGCUAGCCUGCAGGAAUGCCAAAGCUUUAAAGGCCAAGAAGGAGGAGGGGAACAAGGCAUUCAAAAACAACAACUAUGAAUUCGCCUACCUGCUGUACUCCGAGGCGCUGGCGAUAGACCCCAACAACAUCAAGACCAACGCUAAACUCUACUGCAACAGAGCCACGGCAGGAGCAAAGCUGAAGAAACUGAAUCAAGCCAUCGACGACUGUACCAGUGCAAUCAAACUAGAUGACUCUUACAUCAAGGCCUACUUAAGAAGAGCUCAGUGCUACAUGGACACUGAGCAGUAUGAAGAGGCUGUACGGGACUAUGAAAAAGUUUACCAGACCGAAAAAACUUCAGAACACAAGCAGCUGCUAAAGACGGCACAGCUGGAGCUGAAGAAGAGCAAGAGGAAAGAUUACUACAAGGUGCUGGGCGUCUGCAAGAACGCCACGGAGGACGAGAUCAAGAAAGCGUACCGCAAAAGAGCCCUCAUGCAUCACCCAGACCGCCACAGUGCAGCAACUGUAGAGGUGCAAAAGGAGGAGGAGAAAAAGUUCAAAGAAGUGGGCGAAGCCUUCACCAUCCUCUCGGAUCCGAAGAAGAAGAUCCGCUACGACAAUGGGCACGACCUGGAGGAUGAUGGCUGCUUUGAUGGUGGAGAUUUUGAUGCAAACAACAUCUUUAGGGCUUUCUUUGGUGGUCAUAAUGGAGGAUUUAGUUUUGAUUCCAGUUCAGAUUCAGGACCUUUCUUUUUCCAGUUUAGUUAAAAUAAAUAAUCUCAAGGGGAAAAUGCAUCCUGGCAUUUAUCAGAAUAAAAGUGGACCGAGUCACCUGGUGAUGCUCACGUUCCUGAGUGUGUUGCAAUAUCCGCCCCACUUUUUAGUUUUUAUUCAUUUUCGCAUCGACUCCUUAACUCACCCCACAAUGAUGCUAAAAGACAUUUGGGAGCAUAUUUCAUUUACUUUACUUAUGAYAUAACAAAAAGAAACACUUCAAAUGUCUUUUUGUUUAGAGGUGUUUAUAUGAGCUGAUCACAGCAUGUCACAAUUAUCCAAAUUAACAUAGUGUUAAAUGUGAUUGAAACUUUAAAAUGGACUCAGACUUCUUGAAGAUGGUCGGUUAUGAAUGUGAGGUAAUUUUUUUAAAAAAUAGAUAUACAUCUGAGAGAUUCUCCUGGGAAAUGCUGUCCCAGGACACUCUUUUUUUUUUUUUAUGGAAGUAUGACCUCAGGUCAUCAACAAGUCAGCUCUGACUGUUUUUUUUAUAGAUUUUUUUUUUGCCAUACAGAAAUGUACGUUUAAGUCGAAUGUAAACUGUAUGUCUCCCCACGUUCUCCAGUUUGCCCACAGUCCAUUAAUAUUUAUUGUACUGUAUUUCCUUAAAUGUAUGCAGCAGAAUGACUAAAGACCAUGUCUUCCUUCCGUUUUCUGAAUUAGUUGUAAAUUAUUUAUUUGCCAUCUCUGUCACUCAGUUCUGUUUUUUUAUUUUCACUUUCUGGAACAGGCCAAAAUAAGAAAUACCCCCUUUUGUUUUUAUCAAGCCAACGUCCGCUUGGGACCAUCCAACACAUCAGUCCUGUUGUUAAAUUCAAGUGGUGCCUUACAGGAGUUAAUUUAAGGUCACAGUAAAAUCGAUAAAAUAUGCUGUGGAGUUGGCCACAUCAUUUUUGAUAAAGAACUCAACAGAGAUUUUGUGCAGCGUGCUGAUUUCUAUUUGUGUUGUUCCAUAGGAAAACUGUUUUUUAUGUCAGCCCAGGAAGCAAAAUAAAACUUUGCAAAGUGAUGAUUUUGUAAAAACUGUGUUGGUUUCAUGUCAUCAGCCACUGUUCUGUUGUCCACCUCCUGUGUACUUGCCUUGCACGUUUGGUUAGUGCAACCGUUACCCUACUUGUUCUACCUGUUUGAAAGGCCAACAAUAGAACCUUUAAAGCUUCCGUUAUACAUUGUUUUCCAUAAAAAUUUGUAUCAUUUAACAAAACUCAUUUUGUUUUUUUAAUUGUGAAAAUAAAGACUUGUCUUUUACUGUA